UCUGCUGCUGCUUCUUCUUCUUCUUCGGUUUUGCUCCUUUGGUUCCAUGGUCAUGGAGAGUUAUUGUUACGUUAAAGAUUUGAGAACUAAGAGGAAGAAGAAGAUGUUAUCGGGAAGAAGCUCUGCUUCCACUUCAGUCAUCGUUAGUAUUUGGGUAAUUACUCUGAUGAGUUGCUCUGUAGCUUUCGCAUUCGGAGCGAUGACCACUCUUCUACCGGAUGACGAAGUGAAUGCUUUGAAAGAAAUAGCAAAAUCGUUAAAGAAGACAGAUUGGGAUUUCACUGUGGAUCCAUGUAGCAACAAAUCGGGAUGGGUGACUGCUAAUCCGGAGAAGGGAUCGGAGAAUGCUGUCACCUGCAAUUGCUCCUACGCCAAUGCCACUGUUUGUCACGUCGUCAGUAUAGUUCUCAAAUCUCAGAAUCUACCAGGCGUCCUCCCUGCCGGAGAAUUGGUGAAGCUUCUCUACCUCCAGGAAAUUGAUCUCAGUCGCAACUACCUUAACGGUACAAUCCCUGCAGAAUGGGCUUCCCUGCCACUGGUGAACAUCUCCCUUCUUGGAAACCGAUUGUCGGGUUCAAUCCCAAUAGAAAUUGGGAACAUCACCACUCUCAGAAAUCUGACCCUCGAGGCCAACCAGUUCUCUGGACCUCUUCCUCUAGAACUUGGCAAAUUGGUUGACAUAGAGAGAAUUUUGAUUUCCUCGAAUAAUUUCACGGGCCCUCUGCCAGAGACAUUUGCAAACCUAACCAACUUGAGGGAUUUUCGGAUAAGCGAAAACAACUUUACUGGAACGAUACCCAGUUUUAUAAAAAACUGGACAAAACUUGACAAAUUAGCCAUGCAGGCUACCGGUUUGGAAGGGUCAAUUCCUCCUGAAAUAUCUGCUUUGGUAUAUUUAACUGACAUGCGGAUCAGUGACAUAAAUGGAACAGAAAUGGAAUUUCCUCCAUUGAGUAACAUGGCAAGCAUGAAGACUCUAAUAUUAAGGAGUUGCAAUAUUAUCGGACCACUACCUGAUUAUCUCAGUACAUUGACAAAACUAAAAACCUUAGACCUCAGCUUUAAUAAGCUGGUUGGAGAACUUCCAACCUCUUUUGUUGAAUUGUCAAAAGUAAAUUUCAUGUAUCUAACUGGAAAUUUGUUGAAUGGUACUGUUCCUGACUGGAUGCUGAAGAAAGGCAAAAACAUUGAUCUUUCCUACAACAACUUCUCAUUCGGAAGCUCGUCUAAUUGUCAACAGAGUAAUGUAAACUUGUUUGGAAGCUCUUCAUUGGCUAAAAACUCAAGUGGAGUUGUUCCCUGCUUGAAGAGUCUUACCUGCUCACGGAAGGGGUAUUCAUUUCAUAUAAAUUGCGGUGGAAGAGAAGUGAUUGUCAACGGCAAUACCACUUAUGAAGAUGAUUUGGAUUCUGCUGGUCCUUCAAAGUUUUUCCAAAGUAGAUAUAAUUGGGGAUUUAGCAGCACAGGCAAUUUCAUGGACAAUGACAACACUAUUGAUACCUAUAUAGCUACAAAUGUAUCCAAACUCUUGAUGAGAAACUCUCAAUUGUACACAAUGGCACGUCUUUCUCCUCUUUCUGUCACUUACUAUGGGUUCUGUCUACUGACUGGAAACUACACUGUGAAGCUCCACUUUGCGGAAAUCAUGUUUACAAAUGAUCACAAUUAUAGCAGCCUAGGGAGGCGCAUAUUUGAUGUCUAUAUUCAGGGACAAUUGGUAUUGAAGGAUUUCAAUAUAGUAGAUGAAGCUGGUGGAGUUGGGAAGGCUGUCAUAAAAAUUUUUAGUUCAGUUGGUGUGACAAACGGGACAAUAGAAAUCCGGUUCUAUUGGGCAGGGAAAGGGACAACAGCAAUUCCUACUAGAGGGACCUAUGGUCCUCUCAUAUCGGCUAUUGAUGUGGAUCCUGAGUUUAUUCCUCCUUCAGAAGGUGGAAAGAAGAUGUCUACAGCUGCUAUCAUUGGGAUUGUGGCUUCAGCGGUAGCCCUUAUCUUUGUGGUUCUUGGAAUUCUUUGGUGGAGAGGCUGUCUGGGGCAUAAAAACAUGAUGCACCAAGACUUGAGAGGUCUAGACCUACAAACUGGUUCCUUUACCUUGAGGCAAAUCAAAGCUGCCACGAACAACUUCGAUCCUGCAAACAAGAUAGGAGAAGGUGGUUUUGGACCUGUUUACAAGGGUCUAUUAUCAGAUGGCACCAUAAUAGCAGUUAAGCAACUUUCUUCCAAGUCGAAGCAAGGAAAUCGUGAGUUUGUGAAUGAGAUAGGCAUGAUUUCUGCUCUUCAACACCCUCAUCUUGUAAAGCUGUAUGGAUGUUGCAUUGAAGGAAAUCAAUUGUUGCUAGUUUAUGAGUACAUGGAAAAUAACAGCCUUGCUCGUGCUUUGUUUGGUCGAGAAGGAUGUCAACUGAAAUUGGAUUGGCCUACGAGACGCAAUAUCUGCAUUGGGAUAGCAAGAGGUUUAGCUUUCCUCCAUGAAGAAUCUAGAUUGAAAAUUGUUCAUAGAGACAUCAAACCUACCAAUAUUUUGCUCGAUAAGAAUCUUAACCCCAAGAUAUCUGACUUUGGCUUGGCCAAGCUUGAUGAAGAGGAGAACACUCACAUCAGCACACGAAUUGCUGGAACUUUAGGAUAUAUGGCACCAGAGUACGCCAUGAGAGGUUACCUUACUGAUAAAGCAGAUGUUUACAGUUUCGGGGUUGUUGCCUUGGAAAUUGUUAGUGGCAAGAGCAACAUCAGCUCCCAGGAAAAGGAGGCAAAGGAGGAAUGCAUUUAUCUUCUAGACUGGGCCCUCAUUCUGAAAGAAAGUGGAAAUUUAAUGGAAUUAGUGGACCCAAAGUUGGGUUUGGAAUUCAACAAGGAAGAGGCAUUGGGGAUGCUAAAUGUGGCUUUGCUGUGCACUAAUGCAUCUUCAACUCUUAGACCUACCAUGUCAGCUGUGGUAAGCAUGCUUGAAGGCCGAGCUGCGGCUCAGGAGUUUGUUCCAGAUACAAGUAUUGGUGGUGAAGAUAUGAGAGUUAAUGCUAUCAGGAAUCAUUUUCAAUGCGGCCAAGAUCAGAGCAUCAGUGAGAGCCUCAUCCAGAGUGCAUCUACAGAUGGGCCAUGGACUGGGCCAUCCACAUCUUCUUCUGAUCUUUAUCCAAUCAAUCCUGAUUCCACAUCUGCUUCUGAUCUUAACCUACUCAAUCCAGAAUCCCAAUAUUGGAAUGACAGAGUAUAGACCACUGUACACACUCGUUUUAUUUUUCAAGUAGUUUAGAGAUAAUUUUUUGUGGUAUAGAUUUUUGUUGCACACAUUUCUAUGAUGAUAACUGAUUU